ACAAAGACCCUUGCCAACCCGAUGCGCCGGAAUGUUCUGGCUCGGAAUUGCCGGCAUGGCAUGUCUCUCCUCACCUCUCCUCACCCCUCUCCCUCCUGUCCCCUACCCCUUGCACUCUUCCUGGUGUUUGACAUGUUUUCCUUGAUUACCGAGUACCUGCACCUACCCUCCGUAUGUCUCAAACUGUCCUUGCCGGCAGGCGGCUAUGGAGAGCAGCGCCAGGGGGAGGGUUACAGUGAAGACCAAAUCGUCGCGAGUGAGACCUUGGGUAUUGCGCAUGCAGCCAGCGCACGGGCUUGGCCGAGUCUGUGGUUGGAAGAGGACGACGAGGGGAUUGGUUGCGUAGCCGCGCGGCGGUUACGGGGAGGGAUGCGGACGGGGACGGCCCGGGGGGACGGGACGGGGACGGGGACGGGGACGGGGACGGACUAAGUAGGUAGGUCGUGUAGGUGGAAUGGCAUAUGUUUUGUGGAGUGCUCUUUUGAGCCAGCGAGCUGCUUGGACAGAUGCAUAUGCCCACUCCAAUAACAUGGUUACCAUGGUGGAGCGGUG